CCUGUUUGACCACUACUAUAGUGCUGUCUCUUUUUUAUUGGCUUUGCUAGGGAGCCUACCUUGCGGCAUCGCUGUUGUUAUUAGUGCCAAGCCAAGUACUUGCUAUAACUUACGCAGUGGACCGUGCUGGCACUGGUGCCUGCUGGUAUAUAUGUGCCUCUAAUGUCCGACUCAAGUCUCAUCUGCAUGGACAUCCUUUGACAGUAAUAUAAAUGGCUUGUAGGCCUCUUGCAAGCAGCCAGCAAUCUCCCUCAUAAUCAUGCGAUCUUUAUCCCGCCGGGCCCUUCUGUUUGUGGUCCUCAUCGCGGCCAGCAGGUCGACCUCAUCCUUGGUCACCAUCCCAUUGACGAAACUUGAGCGCACUGGGUCGUACCUCCAAGGGUCCCCAUAUGCUGAUCGUGCCCGAGCGUCAUUCUUAAAGACCCGAACAGCCGGCGGUUCAACCACCGUCCCGGCUUCAAAUUUGGCAUACGUACAGUACACCACGAGUGUUGGCGUUGGCAGCCCCGCCACCUACUACAAUUUGGUUGUCGACACGGGGAGCUCCAACACUUUUGUCGGUGUCCCCACUGGGCAGCAUGUCAAUGUAACCUAUGGAGGUGGCUUUUUCACUGGCGUGGAAUACUCUGACACGGUCACUCUUGCACCAGACUUCGUCAUCGCGAAGCAGUCUAUUGGCGAUGCUCUUCAAUACGCAAACUUUGUGGGCGUUGAUGGUAUCAUUGGCGUCGGACCAGUCGAUCUCACGAAGGGCACUUUGUCACCUGAUAAAAACACGUUGAUCCCAACGAUCAUGAGUAACGCCCUGAAGCAAGGUCUCAUCCAAAAGCAAAUUCUCGGUGUUUUGUUCGCCCCGGCGACGACUUAUAAUGAUACUACCAUUACAUAUGGUGGCAUUGACCAUGCUCUCUACACUGGUGAAAUAACCUACACUCCAGUUACUGAGACUCACCCGGCAGGUCGCUACUGGGGCAUCAACGUGACUGAGUCGACAUAUGGUACACAUACCGUGAUUCCUCAGUCAACUGCCGGCAUUGUCGACACGGGCACCACUUUGAUUCUCCUUGCGGAUGAUUUCUUUGCCGUGUACUUAGGCGCCAUUCCCGGCGCCUACGUCGACAAUAACGCCGGCCUCAUUGUCAUUCCCCCUUCCUCUGUCGCGGACAUGCAACCCCUUAACUUCAAGAUCGGCGACACCGUGUUCAGCAUGGAUACAGCUGCACAGCUAAUCCCAUUGGACCAGAACACCGCUUGGGGUGGUCAGGCUGGCGUACAGUACGGCGUUGUCGGUCACCUCGGCGCUGACAGCGGCGAGGGUCUCGAUUUCAUCAUCGGACAGAAGUUCAUGGAGAAGUACUAUGCUGUUUUCGACGCUGAUAGCAACCGCGUUGGCUUUGGGAACACCGAGCACACCUUCUCAACGUACUCGCCUUGAGUCGAACCAUUUCCACUUGGGGAAUAACAGAACUUAUGGAAUUGAUACGAACAGAAGAUCGAUUUGGUACAUGUGUAUGAAAG